CCCAAGUCCUCUUUCCCUCAUCGUUCUCUGCUCUCCCUCCUCUCUUUUUUUCUCACUAAAAUGUCAAGCUCUGAUGUUGUAGCAAUGGACGGCCCAGAUCGAUCCAAAGACUCUCCUCGCGAUUCUCGUGACCUUCCUUCUUUCAUGUCCUCUUGUUAUCCGAUUACACUCAAGUUCAUGGACGUGUGUUACCGAACAAAGAUUGAGAACAAAAGCAAAUGGAAUUUCAAUUUAAGUCAUGUAGUUGGCAAAUCAUCGUCCGAUCAAAGAUCAACGACCGCGAUCCAAGAACGGACGAUCCUUAACGGGAUAACCGGCAUGGCAUCCCCAGGCGAAAUCCUGGCCGUUCUUGGUCCGUCCGGAAGUGGAAAAUCAACGCUGCUAAACGCAAUUUCCGGCAGACUCACUGGUCACGGAGUCACCGGAAAAAUCCUCGCGAAUAACCGGAAAAUGACUAGACCAAUCAUGAAACGCACCGGAUUUGUAGCUCAGGACGACGUUCUCUACCCUCACUUGACCGUUCGCGAAACCUUGAUUUUCUGUUCGCUCCUUCGGUUACCAAAAACACUGUCGAAGAAAGAGAAGGUUCUGGUAGCCGAAUCAGUUAUAGCGGAGCUGGGAUUAGGUAAAUGCGAGAAUACAAUAAUCGGAAACACCUUCCUACGUGGCGUUUCAGGAGGUGAAAGAAAGAGAGUGAAUAUCGCUCACGAAAUGCUAAUAAAUCCGAGUCUGUUAAUCCUCGACGAGCCCACAUCGGGAUUGGAUUCGACUGCCGCGUACAGGCUGGUGUUGACGCUGGGUUCACUGGCUCAGAAAGGGAAGACGAUAGUGACGUCGAUGCAUCAACCGUCGAGUAGAGUGUACCAGAUGUUUGAUUCGGUGUUGGUGUUGAGUGAGGGACGGUGCUUGUACAUUGGGAAGGGAAGUGAAGCCAUGAAUUACUUCGAAUCUGUUGGUUUCUCUCCUUGUUUCCCCAUGAAUCCUGCGGACUUUCUCCUCGAUCUCGCUAAUGGUAUUUGCCAACUUGGUUCAAGUCAAAGAGACAAAUCGAACGUAAAGCAAUCCCUGAUUGAUUCUUACAAUACAAUGCUGGCACCAAAGAUUAAAACUGAGUGUUUGAUGGAGUCAGCCACUGAUGCCACAAGAAAUAUAGAUUUCAUUGGGAGCAAACAACAUAGAAACAACAGUAGUGACAGAAUCAGCAUUUCCAUUUGGUUCAACCAGUUCUCUAUUCUCUUCCAGAGAAGCCUGAAAGAACGUAAACACGAGUCAUUCAACAUUCUCAGAGUAUUCCAGGUAAUCACUGCCGCAAUACUAGCAGGUCUAAUGUGGUGGCAUUCGGAUUUCCGGGAUAUUCAGGACCGAUUAGGCCUCCUCUUCUUUCUUUCAAUCUUUUGGGGUGUUUUUCCAUCCUCUAAUUCCGCAUUUGUAUUCCCACAAGAACGCGCAAUCUUCAUGAAAGAAAGGGCUUCCAGUAUGUACACACUAUCUUCAUAUUUCAUGGCUCGAAUAAUCGGAGACUUGCCAAUGGAGCUGAUUCUGCCCACUAUAUUUCUCACCGCGGCUUAUUGGAUGACUGGUUUGAAACCCGAAUUGAAUGCUUUUCUUCUGACUCUGUCAGUUCUGCUUGGUUAUGUGCUUGUCUCUCAAGGACUUGGACUUGCUUUAGGUGCAGUAAUUAUGGAUGCUAAACAGGCUUCGACCAUAGUUACUGUCACAAUGCUAGCAUUUGUUCUGACUGGAGGAUUUUAUGUUCACAAGGUCCCGUCUUGCUUGGCUUGGAUCAAGUAUGUUUCUUCAACAUUUUACAGUUACAGGCUUCUUAUCUAUGCUCAAUACGGGGAUGGGGAGAGAAUUUCAUCGACAUUAGGUUGCUCAGACCGGGGAAGCUUUACUGCUAGUUGCAAGUUUAUUGAACAAGAUGUUGGAGGCCAAAUUAGUCCCCUGCUCAAUGCUGGUGCCUUGAUGUUUAUGUUUGUGGGAUAUAGGUUACUGGCUUACCUUGCUUUGAGGAGAAUUUAAGUUUGAAAUUGAACUAGUGUUUGGUUUAGGGGAUCUUUUUCUCAGAUUGGACGUCUUUGUUAACUGUUAUUUUUUGAGUAAUCAAGAGAUGGCGAAAGAUCAAUGUAUUUGUUUCUUAUUGUUCGUAAAGGCAGAAGGUUCAAUUCGUAAAGAGGGAUAUUGGAGUCACGCUUCUUUGUAACUGAAAUGUUGAAGAAGAAACAGUUCAAUUGAGAAAAAUUGUGAAUAACAAAGCAAGCAUGAGCACUUUUUCA